AUGCUCCCCUUAGGCCUGCUAACAGCCGCCCAAGGCCAUCCCAUGCUCGUCGAGCUUAAAAAUGGCGAAACCCUCAAUGGCCAUCUCGUUAAUUGCGACAACUGGAUGAACCUGAUCCUCAAAGAAGUCGUCCAGACAAGUCCCGAAGGUGACCGCUUUUUCAGAUUGCCCGAGGUUUAUGUGAGAGGCAAUAAUAUCAAAUACUUACGAGUCCCCGAAGAAGUCGUCGAUCUGGCAAAGGACCAGCAACAAAAUCAGUCCUCGAAUCGGACCCGUGGUAGCCAGCAGCAUCGUGGGGAUGGUGGGAGGUUAGAUCGCGCGAGGGGUGGGGGUCGAGGUGGAAGGGGGCGUGGAAGAGGACGGGGUGGCAGCUGAAAUCAGGGACAUUCUACUGUAACUCCGUUUCCUACCCGCCUCCUUUUUGAUACCCAGCGUAGAGGGGAGGUUGUGUGUUUCUGUGUGUCUCUGUGCGUGCGUGAGUGUUGUUAAU